AUGUCUGCCCCGCUGCUGGUCGUCAACCUGGUGCUCCACAGCCAGAAAGAUGGAGCAGCGCUCGACCACCUCGGGCAUCUCGUCGCCGAUUACCUGGGCCCAGACAGGAACCUCUCUCUAAGUGCCGCCUGCAAGUUCGGAUCCACGACGCUGCUCGACUGGAUAUGGGGCUCCAGUCCCACCUCCGCUACAGACCGCAGUCCCCAGUGGUCGCUAACGAACUAUCUGCGGUCAGAUCCGCACUACUACCGCUAUCAAUUUCAGGGAUCGGUGCUGGUUGUGGUGAAGAAGGGGGAUUUACGAGUACUGGAGUGGUUGAUGGAGCACUUCUCGGGCUGUCAAGUGCCGGUGACAGCGGUGGAGACCGCAGCAGAGCAAGGUCAACUGGAUAUCUUACAGCUCUUUGUGAAGCAUGACGCUGGACGUCGAGACCAGGAAGUUCCAAGUCACAAGAAGAGGAAAGUGGAUACGGAAGCCUCGAAUGGCGAACUUGGCGGUGGGAACGUGAUGGACCUAGUACAGACUCUGCUGCCUCCUGGAAAGUCUGCCAUCGACUACGGCCAAGGAUCCUCGAACCCUGCUGUGCUUGAGCUCACGUUUGACGCUGGUCUACUGGACGAUCAGCUCCUCGCUGCAACUGCACUGAAGCGCCUAGUAGCAUCUGGAAGCUUGGGUCUAAUGAAGAACAUCUGGGAGAAGCAUGAACACCUCACGUCGCCGGGCGGCUGGAUGUUGGAAUGGGUACAGGGAAUGGCAACUGCGUGCCACAAGGGGGAUCUUGCCGUUCUGCAGUGGAUGGUGGAGCACAAUUCCGGUCGAGCGGCUAUCACGCACUUGAAGCCGUACGACGGUAGAGUUUCGUCACUGCUGUACUACGCCACCGAUGCAGGCCACCUUGGUGUGAUGCAGUACCUGCACGAGCAAGGAGCGGGUGUUGAUUAUGGAAACGCCUUACUUUGUGCGAUUCGCAGAGACAGAAUGGACGCUGUCAAGUGGCUGUUGGCGCACUUCCCUCCCAUGGAGAAAAUUCCAGAGUAUUGUGUGCUGGUAGAAGCUGCGAGAUAUGGGCGAGUUGAAAUGCUAGAGUAUUUCCAGAGUUCGCGCAAGUUGAAAGUGCCCGGAUUUCCCGGGUCGGUACCGUCCUCGAUCCCUCAAGCUGAUACGAAGUUUUCAUUCCAGGUUUUGGCCUCGGCGGCAAACAGUUAUGAAAACCCGAACCAUUUACGAUGGCUUCCGACCGACGCUAUGGAUGGCGCUGCAGCUAACAGACAGCUCGAAGCAGUGCAGUGGCUCCACACCCAUCGAUCCGAAGGGUGUACGACGUUGGCGAUGGACGAGGCAGCUGCAAGAGGACAUCUACAAGUUGUGAAAUGGUUGCAAGCGAACCGGUCAGAGGGCUACACGGAUCACGGAAUGGCGAUUGCAGCUGUUCGAUGCCAAGAGGAGGUUGUGCAGUUUCUGGUUUUGCAAUCCCUAACCAAGGUGACGGACAUUAUCGUGCAGAAAGCCGUCGAGAAAGGACAACUCGCGUUGGUGAAAUGGCUGCACGCGCAAUCCGGAGCUCGGUUCACAGUCAAAAUGUUGAUCAAGGCUGUAGGAGGUGGCCACUUGGAGGUACUGAAGUAUUUGUAUCUCCACCGCUCGAAGGGUUUUAGUCUCAAGAGCUGUGCGGCUAUCAUCCGGGAAGCACUCGCUUACGGACACGUCCGUGUUGCGUACUGGUGCGUACUUCGCUUCCCGGCGCAUUCUCCCAAGCCAGUCAUGAUCACGACUGCCACCGUGUUUGAGUCGUUGUUGUUUCAGCGAUUCCACUCCCCGGAAUCGUUCAUCCCGGCAAAACUUCGUGAAAGAAUGGGGUCGUUUAAAGUGUUUGGCGCCGUAGCGAAAUGGCUCGAUGCCCAGAUCUUGUGA